AUGCCGCCUCCAGAUAAACGCAAAAAACAAUCGGAAGCCGUGGGAUUCCAGCCAGUAGAAGUGAAAAUGGAAGAAGGAGAGAUGCAAUCAAGCAGUUCCGAAGAAGAAGAAACCUAUACUCAUAAAGAAGCAAGCUCUACGACGCCGACGAAAGAAGAACUUGGUGAAGAAAGUCUCAACAAUAGUGCCUCUGCAGAUCCCUUCGACAAUCUCGAUCUUCCCGCCAUCGCCGAUUUGUUUGAGAUGUGCAAGAGCAUGUGUGGUCAACGAAAUCUCUCUGUCUUAUUGUAUAGUUUGAUGCGACAUGUGGAUGUUACCUGGCGUGAUGCAGACGAUCUCUUUACGAAUAUUGGUGCUCUACGUUGUCAAGCGUCUCAUAAGUGGCUUAAAGUGUUUCUCUCAGGCGAUACCGACGCAUUCACAGAAGAAGGUCGAGGAGGCAAGCAUUCAGAUUCAUUUUAUGAUAUCUUUCCGGAUAUCGAAUGUGAAGCACGUGCGUAUACAGUUGAAGGAUGUUUUCGAAAGAAUGCAAGUUUUACUUCAGCGGAGCUGGCGAAAUUCAUCGAUGUCAAGUACUACGAAGCGACAGGACAAAAGAAAGUGUCGGAGAAGUUGGUUCGUUCGGAGCAGAGUUGUCGAUUGGAUAUACGAAGAUGGGGUGGAAAAUUCGAAGCAAAUACACAACGACCGUAUUUCGAAGGGCAUGAAAGAAGUGAUGUUGUUGAUCAUCGAAAAAAUUUCAUUUCGUAUUUUCUGAACAGAAAGGAGCAUUACUAUCAGGUGGAUGAUACGAAAACAAGUUAUGUGAUGCCGACAAAAAAAACCGUGUGUCCUUAUCUGUCAUGA